GCAGCUGAAUCGAUUUUGAUCAAGGAUCAAGAUUAUAAUCAUAGAUUAGAUUUAAAUCAAUUAAUGUCAUCUUGUCAAAAAAAUGGUUCUCAAGCUACAACAUUAUAUCAAUCAAUCAAACCCAUUAACAAAAUGGUAAGUCUUGAGAAAACGUUUGAGUCACAAUCAAAUAGAUCGAAAAAAAUGAAAAAACGAUUCUUAGGUUUCACCUCAAAUUCGAUGUCAUCAGGAUUACGAGAAAUUCUCAAGUUUUCAACUAAACUGUCAUACCUAUCAGUAAUUGUACUCACAGCAGGAGGUAUACAAGAUGACAUUGUCAAAUGUUUAGGUUCAACUUAUCUAUCAUCUUUUGAUUCAAACUCGAGGUCAAAUUCACACAAAUCAGGUUCAAUUUGUAUAGAAAAUUUAUUUGUACCCAAUGAAAACUAUUAG